AUGGAUAAGGUAACAAAAUCUCAAAGAUCUACGGAAAGACAAAUGCUACAUAUAAGGCUGGCAGAUAGAAAAAGGAAUGAGUGGAUCAGAGGAAAAACUAAAGUAAGGGAUGUUAGAAGUGAAGUAGCAAAAUUGAAAUGGAAGUUUGCCGGUCACAAUGUCAGACAGAAGGAUGAUCGAUGGAUUUUUUCAGACUUGCAGUGUUUAGGCCAUGUCGGCCAGGAAACUGUAGACGUAGCCAAAGUUCAAGAUGAAGAGGUAUUGCGAAAAAUGUGGCAAGAAACUGACGACUUCGGAAAAAAGAAAGAAAUUAGGGCUCACAUGUAUAAAUUAAGAGAAAAUCGACUGAAAGAUUUCUAUAAUACUGGAGAAGUAACUAGCGAAGUUCGUAGUAGUACCACAACUACGCGAUCAAGCGAGAAUUCAUCAAAAACUAAGAUGUCCACUACUCAUGCCGAUAACUUGACUGACCAAAGUUACGUUACAUUGAAAAGUAAGGAAGUAAGGGAUUCAGAAAGCCCUACCAGAGAUAGCUACAAUAAAACAAUUGCAAAACAUCAAGAUCAAGGGUGGUCAGUAACGUCAUCUAACGAAAAAAGUGCUGAUGGGAAAACCCACAUUGCUACUCAUACCGCUUCAACAUGCGGCACUGAAAAAAUCGACAACGGUAAAAUGGAUUACUCUGCUAAAUUAGAGGAAAAGACUUCAGUAUUCCAAGAUGGAGAUGACAAGAACUUUACUAAAGCAGUAGGAUCGUCUUCCAGUUCCGUUCUAAAGCAAGAAGCCAGCGGUGGAGAUGAACAUUCAAAUUUCAGAUCUUCAACAACUAAAUCCUCAUCUUCCUCAAAAUACGUCUCGGAAAGCAAAAAUUCGUUUGAGGAUACUCAACAACCUUCAUCAACGACAAUUAUAACGAAGGGCCAAAUACCAUAUUCAAUAAAUGAGGAUAAUUUUAAAUCUGUAACGCAAAAAACGUACACUACAAAUGUUCCGAGUGAUUUGAAAAAACACCCAAGCUACCUUGAAGGCAAAACAACGGUAACUCAAGAAACAAAAACUUUAGCUGACGGUACAAUAGUUACCACUACUCAUUAUGAAACUAAAGAUGGGAAUUCGACACAGAGAGCUACCCACAAAAAAUAUAGCAAUAUUGGUGCUACAAAAGUAGAACAGAAAGCUUCUUCUAGUAGCUCACACGUUCAAUCAAGUAGUAGUCAUGUGACAAGCGGCUCCAGAGAUACUAGAGAUGACAGGAAAAUGGUAGCGUACGUUAUCGAGCCAGGAAGUACAGUAGAUAUUAAUGUAAAACAGGUAAACGAAUACAACAACUUAGUUAGUGGGAGAGAUAAUAUUACCAGUCAGCAAUCAACGAGAACUUCUAAGGAAACUAGACAGCAAGACUCUAAAGUUAGCGAGAAACAAAGAAUUUCCCAACAGGAGAUUGACUUAGCUUCUGUACCGAGGGAUACAACUUCUGCAUCUACUAAAAUUACUACAACCCGAACUGUAACAACGGAAUCAAUUCCACAAGAAAAAUCUGAUGUAAUUUACCAAACAACUAAAACUCACAAUAUCAACCAAGACCAGCACGUAAAUGAAUCUACAAAAGUUUCGAGCAAUCAGUUUAUCACCACAGAACGCCAACACGAAAUUGAUACUCAAAAUAGCAGACAAGGAUACCGAGAACCAGUAGAAGUGACUCCAACAAAACCAAAACCCCAAGAACAAUAUAAAGCUCCAAAGCAACCUCAAAAUGUAGAACAAUCACCAUAUAAACAGCCAGAAAAGCGUCAGCCAAUUAAACCUGGAAAAUCAGAAUUAGAUCAGAAACCCACACCUACUGAAGGACAAUACGAUACUACUUAUCGUAGUGAAUUUACCAACAAAGAAGAUAUCAGUUGA